UACAGAACUAUAAAUCAGCAAGAAGUAAUUAUAGCUAUAUGUAAAACUCUAUAAAUAACCCAGCAAGAAAACAUGGGCGUGCAUCAAAACUGGGGAGCGCAUACUAACCCACAUGGGAAUGAAAUCGGUGAAAUAUUUUCUUUCUUGAUUGCGUUCUUCACAAAGAACAUAAUGCGAUCAACAGUUGCUCUCUCACUCACAAACGCGCGCGCAAACACUCACGCGCACGCGCACUGUAUGAUUACAGUAUCAGAUGUGCCCGAACGAAGUGAACGACGCACUCUGCGGAGACAUUUUCAGAAGAUUCGCCUAGCUGAAAAUGAAAUCUUAAGUGGUAAGAAUCCUUUUUUUUUCUUCUUCAUGAUUUGAGAUGGUUUAUACCAGUCCAUCUAUCUGCAAUUUCGCCGGACAGCGUAACGUACUUUCAGCUUCCUCUGCACUUUCGUGAGUUGUUAAACGAUGGAGCUGUUUGACGAGUUGGUCGGCGACAGAGACACUCUCGUCCAACAGAUGUUCAACGACACUCUUUUGCAGAGGAAUUUAAGUGUUCUCGAUGAUGAAGAUGGACCUUUACCUACGAGCGUGAAGAUAACCGUUGUUGUAGUCUACUUGAUAGUGUGCGUGGUAGGGCUCGUGGGGAACUGCCUGGUCAUGUAUGUAAUUAUCAGGUGAGAAUAAUUGCUCGGUUUCAGCAUAUGUGUGUGCUGAAGGGAGUGGUCAAGAGUGAUAUGUAAGGACAACCUGCAAGAAGCAUGUAAACUGAGUAGGAUUAUUUACAAGGACAAACAAACAAAAAAUAGCUUAAUUACUUUUGGAAAUGGUUGAUGUUUCACUGUAGGUGAUUGGAAUUUUGAAACAUAUAUUCUUCAUGCAUAUUUCACUUCCCAGAAGAAGGAACUGAGUAUAUUUGUAUUAAUUUGUGUAAGUAUGUGCUGUAAGAUGAAGACUGGAAAUCAAUGAGCUUUUUUCACAGAUCAAUUUUAAUGCACCUUGUGAUUCUUCAUACUUUUUAUUAAAGCACUCAACAUGUUCUUGCACAGCAGAUGAAACUGUACAUUAACAUGAUUAAAUGUUUGCUUAAAGUAACAUCGUUUUUCUUUACUAGCUCUCACCGUACACAUUCAUCAUUGCAGAUUGUGUCUGCCAGUCUCAAAAUUGCUAGCCUGCUUGUUCAUUACAUUGCUAAAUAAACAUUUGGUACUUUUCCAACCCUCCCUGGCAUAACACAGCUGUAGACAGGAGCAAAGAAAACUUUAUUGAACACAAUAACAUAAUGCAUAAAGUUCAUAUUAGCAGAAUAUGCAAUGAUUUUUACAGUAAAUUUGGAUUAUAUAGAUUUUGCAGAUUCAUGCAGAUAUGAUGAAAGUGAGACUAAUGUCCUCUUAGCAGCUCACACUCUUUGCUUGCUCAUUUGCCUUGGCAUGACAGACAUAACGAUGUAGUAAUUUGGCUCGCCCUCUCUCAUGCCUGUGUUUUGUUGAAGGUAUAAUUAUUGUCACAUUUUCCCUGUUUUUGUGCUUUUAUUUUGAAAUUCUUGUUUAGUUCCUGUUUCCUGUAGUUUUGUAGUCUGUUGUAGUUUUUUUCAUGAUUGGUUCUCUCUGAUUGUUUCCCCAGGUGUUCCUCAUUCUCUGAUUGUUCCCCAGGUGUUCUUUGUCUUCCCUUGUGUAUUUAAGCCCUUGUUUCCCCUGGUUAGUUUGUUAGUCUUUACAUGUGUUGUCAUGUUUUGUGCUUGGUUUCCAGUGUUUUGGUUUUUACGUUCUGAGUUUCUUUGGUUAUCUUUUUGUUAAUAAAGCUGUGUUUAGAUCCUCAUUCCUCGCCUGCCUUGUCACAAUUAUGAGGGAAUUCCAUGCUGAUCUAAUAUAUGGGGAUUACUGCCUUGUAAUUAGGAGUCAGAAAAUAGAAUUGCUGCAUCACAUCAGGGUCUUUUUCAAAGGGAAACAUCCUCAAACUUAGUUUAUGGUUCUGGUAAAAUGCCUGUGGCAUACAGGGAAAAGUAAAUGUGCUUUUUUGUCUUUAUGUUGUGUUUUAUAAUGUGUGUGUUCGUGCAUUAUGUAUGUAUGGUUGUUACUCACAGACGUGGUGAUAAAGUCAUAUGGGGCUAUUUUAAAACCUGUUGCUAGGCUGGUUACCUAGGCACCACCUGCAGAUAUUGCUUUGCCUUCUAAGACCAUACCAUGUGAUUUUGGACUGAAAACUGUCAAACUACCUUUUGGAGGGCAGUAAGAAUUUUUAACGAGGUGUCAGCACAUCACUGCCAUAGUCUUCUUAGUUUUCAUUUCCAGAAAGAUCCAAUUCAUGCUUUGAUUAAACCACGUACUGUAUAAACUGCUUAUUUGAUUUUGAGGAUAAGAAUGAGUGAUUCAAUAUUCAUGAUUACAAGGCUUGUAAUACUGAAGAUCCAGCUGGAAUAAUUGUCAUUUGCUUUUUGAUGAUGCUCUUGCUAGUGCUUAUAUUUUGUCAAUAGGUCUUGUCAUCUGGCAAGACUUUCUAAAAAGUGGCAGAUGAUCAAUAAGACAAUACUGUGUGACAGAUUUAAAUAGAUUUUGCACAAUUGCGAUAUAUUUUCCUUUAGUUGAGACUAUUCCAUUUCCUGUAAAUAUGUGAAGGUGUGAACAGAUCAUGCAUCUGGCAUUUUUGGUCAUUUUGGUAACACUUUACAGUAAGGUUCCAUUCGUUACAUUAGAUAAAGAUUAAAUGCAUAAGGUAUUAUGAACAAACAAUUACUGUAACAAUAUAUUUUUUACAGCAUUUAUUAAUCUUUGUUAAUUUUAGUUAAUAAAAACACAAUUGUUCAUUGUUAGUUCAUGCUUGUUCAUAAUGCAUUAACUAAUGUUAACCUAUACAACUUUUGAUUUUUAAAUGGUAUUUUAUACUAAUAUAUGUAUUAGUAUAUGUUGAAAUUAACAUUAACAAAGAUUCAUAAAUGCUGUAAAAGUAUAGUUCAUGUUAACUAUUGUUGAGAAAUGGAAACUUAUUGUAAAGUGUUAUUGUAAUUUUUGGUGUUCCCAGAAUAAUUUUUCAUUGUAUUUUUUAGAAUAUUAUGACAUUAAUUUGGCUUUGCUGAGUGAUAUUUGUACCUGCUGCAGGUACACAAAGAUGAAAACAGCCACCAACAUUUACAUCUUUAACCUGGCCCUGGCUGAUGCUCUAGUGCUGGCCACUCUUCCCUUCCAAUGCACGGAUGUCCUCCUUGGUCUCUGGCCCUUCGGUCUGGCUCUUUGUAAGACUGUGGUGGCCAUUGACUACUACAACAUGUUCACUAGUAUCUUCACCCUGACCAUAAUGAGCAUUGAUCGCUACAUAGCAGUCUGCCACCCUGUGCGCUCCCUGACAGUUCGCACCCCACUCCGGGCCAAGCUGAUCAACGUGGCUGUCUGGGUGUUGGCAUCAGCCGUAGGACUGCCUGUCAUGAUCAUGGGUCAAGUGGAGGAGGAAGCUAACGGUGUUGAGUGCAUAGUGGUCCUGCCUGACCCAACAGGACACUGGGAGCCUGUGUUCGCAACUUGCGUGUUCCUCUUCUCUUUCUUGAUUCCUGUGGCAAUCAUAAGUGGCUGCUAUGGGUUGAUGGUGCGACGCCUACGCAGUGUACGUCUACUGUCAGGCUCAAGGGAGAAAGACCGGAACCUGAGGAGAAUCACCUAUAUGGUACUGUCGGUGGUAGCUGCCUUUGUGCUCUGCUGGAUGCCAGUGCAGGUCUUGGCUCUCUUCCAGGCCUUGGGAAAGGUUGAUCUUGGAGGCAGCCAGGCCACAGUGGCAGCUAUGCACUUCUGUAUUGCUCUGGGCUAUGCUAACAGUAGUUUAAACCCUGCCCUCUAUGCCUUCCUGGAUGAAAACUUCAAGCGGUGUUUCCGUGAAUUCUGUGUGCCGACCAACUCAAGUUUGUACGUAGAAGAUCAGCGCAAGAGGUCACUGAAAAAGGAGAGAGAAUGUAGUGAGGUGGAAGAUGCAGGUGCUUCACAAGGAAAAGGAGUUGUUGUUGAUGUAGGUCCCAUUCCAGUGUGUGUCGGUUAGAGGUUUUCUAUAAAUGUUUGGCCAUUAUACUUGAAUAGUAACCUCUGAAUUUAUAAAUUUAUAAAGUUGCAAUUAAAAAAAGUCAUGUGAACAUAGAGGACUUUGUCUGGCAGAUAUUUUGUGGAGAUUCUGAAUUAGAUGUACGAGUGAUCAGAUGCAUCUUGUACAACAAACAAGACCAUCAACUCCUCACAAAGGGCUUUUUUUUUUUUCUUCUUCUUUUUUUUUUUUUUUUUUUUAGAAACAGCCCUUUUUCCACUGUUUGACUCUUUACAUUGUUUAUUGUCCUAUUAUUUAUAUUUGUAUUGUAUGUGUUUAUACCAGUAUUGAUACUGAUUACACCAGUAUUGGCACUGUUAUUUAUUAUUUCUAUUUAUUGUUGUUUGUAUUUUUGUAAAUAUAAGGCUACUUCUGCUUUGCUUAUGAAAAUUGUGUAUUUAAAAAAAAAAAAAGUAUUACUACUGCAAUUAUUAAGAGAGUAACAUUAUUCCACUAUAUUUUAUGGUAAUGCUACAUUUAGGGAUAUUGAUACUUAAUGACAGUGCAGUCUGAAUGAUAUUAAAAUACGUUUGUGGCUCUAUCUUCUAACUGUUUAACUCAAGUGGUUUGACAAUGUUUCAGAAUUGCAGAAUGGUUCUAAUGAAGAAAGGAAUCUUUCUCAGAAAAUAAAUCUGUGAUAUGUUGUUGAGACAGGUGGGAAGGUGUGGGGAUUUCAAGAAACUUUUGAUUUCUGAGUUUUAUCACUUUGUGUCUGUGGUGGAAUUGAGACUCUUAAGAGUGUGUUUCCUUGAUCUCUUGUCAUGUGGCCAACUUUCAAGGAACCAAUUGGAGUGAAGGAUCUCAGAAACAUCUGUUUUUGUCUGUGUGGUGUGAAGUGUUUGCCAGAUGGUGUUCUAAUGCUAUAUAAAUGCUCCGUAUGUCAUGCUUCAUCUCUUCCCGCUUCAGCUUUUUAACCAUAUUUUAAUUAAACUCUUGACUGAAAGGGAGCAAAGACUGUUAAAAAAAUAAGUUAACUGCUUGUUCUUCUUCAGGUCGAUUAAAUAAGAGAAUAAUAAGCUGCAUGAGAGUGACUCAAUAGUCAAUUUAU